AUGGAGGGUGGCGAAGUGCGCCGCCGCCGCGGCGUGGCGGCACUCAUCGAUGCAACGGCUGCGGCGCAACGCUGCAAGCUGGAGCAGGCUGCGAAAGGGCAGGCGAUGCUGGGAGACGGUCAGCGCGAGGACAGUGAGCAGGCGUCGUACGAUCAGGGGUCUGUAGACAUGACCCUGUGGGACGGUGUGUUUGGCUGGCCGGCUUGGCUUUCGCCAGAGUGCGAGGCGCUACGGGCGCGGCAAGAAGCCUUCCUGCGUGUUGCGGCGCCAAGGCAGCUAUCGCAGCAAGACCAUCACCAGCAUCAUGAACAGCAGGAGCAGCAGCCGCAGCAGCCGUUGCAGCAGCCGCAGCAGCAGCAGCAGCCGCAGCAGCAGCGGCAGCCGCAGCAGCAGCUGCAGCCGCAGCAGCAGAGGCAGCAGCAGCAGCAGCAGCAGCGGCAGCGGCAGCCGCAGCAGCAGCGGCAGCAGGAGCGGCAGCCGCAGGACCGGCAGCCACAGCAGCAGCAGCAGCAGCAGCAGCAGCAUCACGGCCUGCCGCACGCCCAGCACCUUAGCAGCGACGACACGGGGCGCCAGAAGCUGCGGCAGCAGCGCGCCGCCUGCGCCGCGCCCGCUCCGGCCCGCCCCGCGCCGCCGCGGCUGCUGGCCGACGUCAAUGGCGGGUUUGGUGAGGUGGCCGAGGAGAUCUCUCACGCGGUGGGCGGCCUCUUCAACACCGUGCGCCAGACGGCCGCGUCGCUGAUCGUCUGGGGCCCGCGCGACGACUACGGCGGCUGGGGCGUGGGCGACGCCAGCGACGCGGAAUGCAGCAGCAGCAGCAGCAGCACGGGCGGCAACGGCGUGGCGCCGCGGUGGAAGGACAAUAGACGGGGGCCCCGCACAGGGGCCCGUCUGCCAGGCGCCCUGGAGCAGCCAUCCGCCGACGCCAGCGCCGACGCCCUCGUCUCCAUUGACAGCGGCUUCCGUGGCCGCGACCCAGGCCGCGGCGCUGCCAAGGCCGGCAAGCGCCCGCAGCCCGCGGCCGUUGCUGGCGCCACGGCGGCGGCGGGCAGCGAAGAGGGGCGGCUGAGGCACAGGGUGGUGCGGCUUGAGGAGGAAAAGGGGGAGCUGGCCCGAGAGCUGCGCAUCGCGAUCGAGCGGUGCCAGCAGCUCGAGGCGCGCCUGCGGCGGCUGACCGCGCCAGCUGGCCGCGGCUCGGACGGCGGCGCCGACGCCCCCCUGCAAGAUCCGCGGCAGGAAGGCGCAGCGGGGCAGCCGCGCGGCCCCGCGAGGCUGGGGUCUGCCGUCCGCGCUGCGGCGCCGGUGAGCAAGGACGACAUUGCAGCAUUCGAGGCGGCGGUUGCGGCGCAGGUGCAGGACCUGGUUGUGCAGAAGGCAGGCCUGAUGGAAGAGAACGCGCACCUGAGGCGCCAGUUUAGUGACUGGGGCUGA